AAAUUGUAAAUGGAAACACUCGAGCAUAGAACGGUGAGAUUGAACGGAAUAAACAUGCAUGUAGCGGAGAAGGGUGAUGGACCUGUAGUCCUUUUCCUACAUGGCUUUCCGGAGCUAUGGUACACUUGGCGCCACCAGAUACUAGCCAUAGCUGAUCAUGGUUACCAUGCAAUUGCGCCGGACCUACGUGGUUACGGUGACACCGACGCACCACCUUUGGCCACAAGCUAUACUUGCUUCCAUAUGGUUGGAGACCUUCUGGCUCUCAUAGACUCGAUGGGUAUAGAGGCGGUUUAUCUUGUGGCGACCGAUUGGGGAGCGAUGAUAGGGUGGUAUUUGUGUAUGUUUAGGCCUGAUAAAGUAAAGGCGUACGUGUGUAUGUCUGUUGCAUAUUGUCCAAGGUCACCUAAGAUGAAACCGGUUGAAGCUUUGCGAGCUUUCUUUGGUGAAGAUUACUAUAUUUGCAGAUUUCAGGAUCCUGGAGUGAUGGAAGAGGAGAUAAAAAGCUAUGGAACAAGGCAUGUUCUCAAAAGCAUUCUUACUGAAACCAGACCUGGGCCUCUUCGCUUACCUAAGUCUGAACCUUUCGGUUCUAAAUCGCCGAAUACUGGUCCUCAGUUACCACCUUGGUUAUCCGAGGAAGAUAUUGAUUACAAUGUUAAAAAGUUCGACCAAAAAGGGUUCACUGGACCAUUGAACUAUUAUCGGGCUUUAGACCUGAACUGGGAACUUACUGCAGCAUGGACGGGAACACAAAUAAAAGUACCAGUGAUAUAUGUAGUAGGAAAUAAGGAUUUGGUGUAUACUACACCGGGGGCCAAGACAUAUAUACAUGGAAAUGGGUUCAAGACGGAUGUUCCUCUGCUUCAACAGAUUGUUGUAUUAGAAGGUGUUGGUCACUUCCUUAACCAAGAGAAACCUGACAAAAUCAACGAUAUUAUUCUCGAUUUCAUUAGAAAGUUUUAACCAUCCAUCGGAAUGAUAUAUUUUCAGAUAUAAAUGGUGGUUAAGUUGUAUAUUAGUCGCAU